AUGGAAGAGGAAGAGGACAUGCUGCGCCAGCGCUUCUCAGAAGAUGAGCUGGAGAGGCUGCGCCCCAGCUUCACCGCCGACGCCACCAACGAUGAAACGUUCAACGAUUCCGCUCCGGCAGACGAUUGGGAACAGAGGCACGAGGAGAUGGCUCGCCUGCUCGAACAAGAACAUCAGAAAUUCGCAUCGAAGGGGGGCGACCUGAUGGACGACAUAGAUGACGAUGAUGACGACGACCUUGAAGAUGAAGACGAGCUCGGCGCUCACGCUGUUCGAGGCGCGCACCAACCGCCGCCCGAGGGCUCGUUCUUUGGAUUCAACACUUCGCUGGAGCACCUGCGCGGCUCCAACCUCGACGAUCUCGAGGAGGAGGAGGUGCUGUCUCGAGUGUCGCGGAUGGGCCUCGGUCCUGCCAACGGCAGCAAGAGGGGGGUCGCCGACAGUCUCAACGACGAGACCUUUGGCGACGACGGCCUGGAGGGCAGCGAGACGGCCUGGGAGGGCCUGGGCAAGGACGACGACGUGGGCGAUGAGGUGGGUGCCAGCCAGCAGUCGGGCCGACAGGGAGGCUUCGGCGGUCCCGACCCCAAGCGCGUUUCGGGCAUUAUGUCGCUGGAGGAGAUCGAGGCCAGCCUGGCCCGCGCCAAUCCCGCUGCGGGUAAGUCGGUUGCGCCCCCGAUGGGCAUGCCGCCGGGCGCUGCUGGCGGCCGGCCGCCGAUGCCCGGUCUCGAUCCCCGCUUCGGACCCAUGCCUCCCGGCAUGAUCCCGCCCCAAGGUCCCCACAAGCGAGAGCCCAAGUAUCCACCGGCGGUCGUCGAUCGCAGUUGCGGCGAGGCCGUCCUUCGCGGCGCUCACAUCUACGCCGCUGGCGUGAUCGCAGCGGCGGGCGACCUGCAUAAGGGCGACAUGGUGUCCGUGUUCGUGGACGACGGGAAGGGCGGGAAGACCGGAAAGCUCACCCGCGGCGAGUUCGUACACGACGCGGGCAACUGGCUGUUCGUGGGCAACGGCAGAAUGACCAUGGGGAGAGGCCAGAUGUUCUCGGGCACCUCUGGCGUGGCGAUCGAGAUGGGAAUGCCGAUGAACUUCUUCCCCGCUGGAAUGGGCAGGGCCGGCGGGCCGAUCAUGCCCGGCAUGCCCAUGCCGCCUCCCGGCCGCCAGGGCGUGGCUGGUCCAGGCGGCGCGCCGCCGGCGUGGUUGCCCCUCAACCAGCCCCCCGCGCAGCUGCAGCAACAGCACCCGGGCUCGCCCAUGAAGCACCCGCAGAGCGCCGGCGGCUAUUCGCACAGUGCGGCCGCAUCGCCAGCACGCCACAUGGCGUCGAACAACGGCUCCGGCGGCUAUGGCGACAGAUCAAGUUCUCCCUUCCGCACACAGAGCCAAUACGACGAGCGGUGGACGGAACAGAAGGAGCGCAUGUCGGCCUACGACAUCAACACCAUCAUUCGGCUCCACUCCUCGCACCUCCCCAUGCCCCUCCCCUUCAACGAGGACUACUACUACCAGUCCUACCUCGCCGCCAGACAACAGGGAAAGCGGCCUGUCACCCCGCACACCCCGCUCUGCGAGACCCAGCCUCUGCCCGUCAAGAGACACACCGAUGCCACGGAUCCGUUCAAGGGCGCCCUGGGUCGAAUUCCCAACCACAGCGUGCGGUCCCCGCGGCCGCUGCUGCAGCUCGAGGGCUUCCUCGACCAGAAGGCCCUCGCCCGCCGCAACCGAGACGAGUCCCGGGCGGCCGCACAGCAGCAGCAGCAGCCAUCGUACGAGGCCCCGCCCUCGGAGGCGGCGUGGACCAACCACGCGGUGCUCCUGCGAAUCGAGCAGGCCUUCGGCUUCACCCUCGACCUCGAGGACAUCGACCUCCUCAUCACCAACUCGGCCAUCGAGCCCCAGGCCGGAAUGAAUCUGUUGAACAAGAGGCGCGAUAUUGCGGCGACGCUGUUCUCGCUGCUGGGCAUCAACACACAGCCGCCCAUGGCGCCCCGCAACCUGCCCGCCUUCGACUACGACGAGGAACGAGAGCCCACCUACAGCUUACCGGAGGACGAGCUGCUGGUCAAGCUGGCGCAGGUGGUCUACAUCGUCUACGCCUUCAUCCGCAACCUCCACUACAUCCUCACCGCGCCCAAGACCAAGGACGCGAUCUCGGGGCUGCAGCUGGCGCCGCUCACCGUGUGCCUGCACAUGUUCAUAUCCUACGCCCAGAUCGAGGCCUUCAAGACCAAGAGCGGCCUCCUCAUCCUCCGCUCCAUUUUCACCCGCGCCUACCAGCACGGGACGGAGAUGGCGGAGCUGAGCAUGUGGGAAGACACGUUCGCCGGGUUCAUGGAGGCCAUGUCGGGCUACUUUUGCGCGCUGCUCCGACUCGCGGCGGACGAGGACGACCAGCUGGCGUCGCCCCUGGCCCCGCCCGAGGGCUCCAUCUUUGUGGGCCUCAUGCACGUGUGGGACUUCCUCCUGCUCCUCACCCUCCACACCUCGCCCGCCCAAAAGGAGUCGGUUUUCGCGGAGGUGAGGGAGCCGCUCGAGGAGUCGCUGGUCAAUCCCGCGCGCGCGCAGCACAAGCCGGCCAUCUUCGCCUUCCUGCAGCGCCUGCAGAAGGAGCACCACUACGCGUCGUUCUUCCAUGGCCCGCCGCCGGCAGGUCAUCCGGUCGCCGGACCCACCUCGAUGCCGCCGCCGGGCAUGGCCUUCCCGGUCGGCAUGGCGCCUCCUCCCUCCGCCCUCCCCUCCUUCGCUGGCCUCUCUGCCGCCCAGUAG